AUCCAUUUUAUCUUAGCUCAUAUUCAUCUCUGUUCUAUUUCUCUUUGAAUUAUAACCAAGUUCUGACGCCAAAAAUGGCUGAUGCACUCAUCUCCGUGCUUCUGGAGCAAUUGGCUUCAGUAGUAUAUCAACACACAAAUCAAGCGGUGAAACUGGUUUUGAAUGCUGAGAAAGACGUUAAAAGUUUCAGCAGCAAGCUCAAAGCUAUCCAGGCUGUGCUUGAGGACGCAGAGAAGAAACAAUUGACAGAUGCUAGGGUGGAAGACUGGUUGGAGAAGCUGAAAGAUGUCUCGUACGAGAUGGACGACCUGCUAGAUGAGUGGAACACUGAAAUUCUCAGACGACAAGUGGAGGAGAAGCAAGAGAAGGAAGGAGAAAAUGCUCCUGAUACAAAGAAGAAGGUAUGUUUCCCCAUGUCCUCUGUUUGCUUUUGUUUUGGACAAGCCAAUAAGGUCAUUCAUCGUCGUAACAUAGCUAAAAGGAUAGGGGAACUGAAUGAGAAAUUAACUUCGAUUGCUGCUGAAAGAGAAAUGUAUGGCUUUCAUCAGUCCACAAAAGGUGGCCCUGAUGAUCAGCAGCUUAUUCAACGAAAAAAGACUACAUCUUUGGUCGAUAUAUCUACAAUAUUUGGCCGAGAAGAAGAAAAAGAUAUGUUGUUGAGCAAAUUGUUGAGAGAGAGUAGCCCAGAAGAGGGGCGGUUCCUUAUCAUUCCUAUUGUAGGGAUGGGAGGGAUGGGCAAAACAACUCUUGCCCAAUUAGCUUAUAAUGAUGAAAAGGUUACAAACCAUUUUCAUAAGAAAGUAUGGGUUUGUGUCUCGAGCCCUUUUGACGAGAUUAAGAUUGCCAGAGCGAUCAUUGAGAGUCUAUAUAAAAAUGAAACCCAAAAGAGUUCAAAUGAAUUGGAAACUCUAUUACUAUGUAUAAGGUCACACGUUAAGGAUAAGAAGUUACUUCUUGUCCUAGAUGAUGUGUGGACGGAAAACCAAAAAGAGUGGGAAAAUUUGAAACUACCAGUAAUAAUGCAAAGUUGUGCUGAAGGUAGUAGAAUACUAGUGACCACGCGAAAACAAGGGGUUGCUAAAAUGAUGAGAGCAAGUAGCAUGAUCUAUUUAGACAAGUUGAGUGAUAGAGAUUGUCUGGCAUUGUUCAAUAGCAUCGCAUUUUUUGAUAGGAAAAAAGAUGAGGCUGCUGGAUUUGGAGCUAUUGGUGAGGAAAUUGUGAAAAAGUGUAAAGGUUUGCCUCUUGCUGCAAAAACUUUAGGCAGUCUAGUGUGGUUUAAAAAAACAAGAGAGAAAUGGCGCGAUGUUCUGAAUAGUAAGAUAUGGGAAUUAGAAGAAGUUGAGGAACAAGUUUUCCGACCACUAUUACUAAGUUAUUAUGAUUUGACCCCAGCAGUCAAAAGAUGUCUUUUGUGUUGUGCUAUAUUUCCCAAAGAUUAUCAUUUCAAAAAAAAUAAUUUGAUUGAGCUUUGGAUGUCACAAGAUUAUCUUAAUUCAAAGGAAAAUAAAGAGAAAAGAAGAAAAGGUGAAAAUUAUUUUGAGAGUCUAGUAAUGCGGUCUUUCUUUCAAGAUUUUGACGGGAAUGAGAUGGGAGAUAUUUUAGGGUGCAAAAUGCAUGAUAUUGUGCAUGACUUUGUGCAGUUUCUUACCAAAAAAGAAUGCAUUAUUAUAAAAGCAGCUAAAGGUGAUAAUCAAAUAGUGGAGCUACCGGGUGAUAAGGUUCGUCAUUUGACCUUAACAAGUGUACCCGAAGGUCCACUUUCAUUUCCUACUUCAUGUUGCAUGUGCAGAAAUAUACGUACGCUCUCAAUCUUUAAUUCAAGAAUUACAACCAUAAGCCCCGGUUCAAUUUUGCAAAUGAAAUGCCUUAGAACAUUGAAUUUGAGUGAUAGUGUCGUUAGUGAACUUCCAAAAGAGCUAGGUGAACUGAUUCAUUUGAGAUAUAUGGAUUUGUCUCAUAAUAUGUAUUUGAAAGAGUUACCGGAUGCUGUGUGUGAUUUAUUCAAUCUACAAACUCUGGUCCUUGUUUGGUGCGAGAAACUUGAGAAACUACCCAAGGCAAUGGGAAAGUUGAUCAACUUAAAGCAUCUAUAUGUUCUGGGUUGUCGUGCGCUGAGGUACUUACCAAAAGGGAUUGGGAGUUUGAAAAGUCUGCAAGCACUAGACUGCUUUUAUGUAUGUGAGGGUGGUGAUACUGAUAAUGAAGCAGCAGCAUUGAAAUUAGGAGAUCUCGGAAUCAUGGACCAGCUUCAGGGGAGCCUUGAGAUAGAUGGAUUGGGGAAUAAGGAUGAUGCGAGUGAGAUUGAGAAAGCACAGUUGGGGAAUAAGGAGCACCUCUCUCAUUUGGGAGUAGUUUUCCAGGAUGAAUAUGAAGAGCAGAGAAAAGGUGAUGAAGAAAUAGUGAAAGCAUUGCAACCACAUCAAAAUUUGGAAUCUUUAGACAUUCGGUAUUGCCACAUUGGCACCACCGAGUCUCUCUAUUGGAUCAAGUCUCUACACAAUUUGAGAAAAAUUUAUCUGGAUGGUUGGCCAGUUUGUGAGUUUUUGCCUCCUCUUGGAAAAUUGCCAUCGCUUGAAAUUCUGGAAAUUGAGUGCAUGGAGAAAGUGGAAAAGGUGGGAGUUGAGUUUCUGGGAAUAGAACAAGAAACUGAAACACUCUCAGGAAUUCUAUUCCCCAGAUUGGAACGACUUUAUUUUCAGAGCAUGGACAACUGGGAAGAGUGGGAAGGAAUAACAAAGGAGGAUUCUUCUUCUGAAGUUACAAUAAUGCCUCUCCUUUAUAUCUUGCAAAUAUCCGAGUGCCCAAAUCUCAUAGCACUGCCAGACUUCCUCUACAAGAUAACAACACUGCAUACUUUGACGAUCGAGAGUUGUCCAAUUCUCGAACAAGACUACGAAAAAGGCGUGGGGAAGGAGUGGCACAACAUUUCUCACAUCCCAAACCUCACAAUUCGACCUGAAUCUGAAUCUGAAUCUGAAGAAGUUUGA